CUCGAGCGGCUCGUCUGUCGUCCUGCCUCCCCAUCUCGCAUCGCCGGCAAACAUGAGAGGCGUCGAUGCCGCCAAGCGGCUGGUGGCCGAGCUGGAGAAGCGGACUCUCAUCGUCAACAGACUGAUCACUGCCAGCGGAGGACAGCUGACGGUCACUGAGCCGCUGGAUGGCGAGAUCGAGAUCAACGUGGGCGGGACGGUGCUGUGUGUGCCUCGCAAGCCGCUGCUGCUGCCCGGCGUGAGCGACUCGUUCAUCGCCUAUCUGCUGCUGCACCAUCUGGAUGGGCUGCCCAAGGACACAGACGGCCACCCGUUCCUCGACGCCGAUCCAAUCUAUAUGGACUGGUGAGCCAAGCGACACAGAGGGGAGGGAGGGAGGGCAGACGAACUCACACAGAAUAGUGUCUGUUGUGUUUCUUGUGUCAGGCUGUGCAACGAGGUGGCCAACGUCGGCGCCGCGGAUGCGCAGGCCGAGACCCAUGAGAUCAAGCUGACCGGUGACCACAGCACCGACAACGCGUCGCUCUUCUGGCACGAGAUCUUCUUCGCUAACAAGAUAGAUCUCAACAUCACGCGCCAGGACCGCCAAGAUGCAGACAUGGGCGAGGCAUCAGCAGACGCCAGUACCCCUCUGGGCGCUCUCAAUCGCAGCGCCGUGAGCGUCGAGAAGGCCCUGGACGACAUCAAGACGGCCGUGCGGCAGGUCAUGGAUGAGCAUCAGCAGCUGCUCAAGUUCCACCGUGUGAUGGGGCCGUUCCUCAAGUCGGCUGAUGGCCAAGGCGAUGAGAUCAAGGGCGUGCGUCUGAUGGGCAAGACGGUGUCGACCACUGAGGCCACACUGACAUUCAUCGGCACUGACAAACGACUGUACACCACAUUCGACAGGUGACACACAACGACGGGAUGGCAAACACACGUCCAGGGGGGACAUUCAUCUCAUUGGCCGCUUCUUGUGUGUUGCAGCACUGGGCCGGUAACGUGCAUCUCGCCCGCCCACUUCAUGAAGGUCGUCGACUUCGCUCGCCGACAGCGAGUCGCAUCCGUUGGCGACAUCGUUAAGCCGCCCACGGCCCCAAAUCAGCGGCAGCUCACCACCGACUGCUCCAUGUACGGCCUCACCACGGAGAGUGUGAGCGGGCCCGUCCUCUGGGCCGACGAGAUGCAGUGGAUCAUCGAGUUGACAAAGAAACGCAAUGUCACGACCACACUGCUCUUCAAGUGAGUGGCAAAGGAAGGCGUGUGGGUGCGGGGGGCUGCAUCGUGUGUGUGUGUUGAUCAGGUCCAGUCGUGACACUUUUGGGUACCAGUCCUUCCUCAACAAGGUGACCGGCAAGAGCGGCCUGCUGUUCGCCCUCAGACAUGGCGACACACACCGAUUCGGCUGCUUCAUCGACGGCCAGCUCAAGCCACCAAACGACCUUACACAGACGAGCGGCAAGUACGACGUGCCCCUCUUCUUCUACUCGCUCAGCGGCGCGUUCACUAAGCCCACCAAGAUCGAGCUGCCGGGGCAGGGGCAGAAGGUUGAGGUGGCCGGCACACAGGGGGCGGUGAGGAGCAACAAGGGCCAGCCGAUUGGCAAGGUGGCCAUCGCUCGCGGCCGUCUUUGGCUGGGGUUUGCUCGGCCUGGUCCGGCGGCCGACCUCAGCAGCUGCCAGCAGUGGAUCAGCAAGGAUGACAUUCCCAACGGAUAUGGCGGCGAGAUCAAUACGAAGGAUGAGACCUUCCUACACCUAGCCAGUCGACCUGACUUGACGUGUGAUGAGAUGGAGGUGUAUCACCUGCAGGUAAACCAGUGGGAUGAAAAGGCAACCGAAACACAGCUACAUGGGUGUGAAUGCGUGUUCGUAUGUGCCUCUCUGCAGGUCAACGGCGCAUGAUCCGACUGUUCAUCGGAUUCUGUGUCAAGCACGUCCGAGGCAAGCAGGCUGUCUGUCUCGCCCAAUGCGUUUUUCCGGCUGUCUUUAUUCGGUCCGUGUGCGUGUUUGUGUUUGUGGUGGAUGUUUUCGUUGCAUGUCUGAGUGCUGCCCUCGUGUGUACGAUUGUGGCUUGUGGCCCUUCUAUCGCCACGACAGACACAAAAGAGAGAGCGUUCUGAUGUACAGACAGCAAGGGCCGGAUGGCCGUGGUUGAGGUGGUGUGCAUGUAACUG